AUGGCAACUGAACUUAAAAAUAGUCUGAAAGAAAGAGGUAUUAAAACAAUAAUCAUUAGUGGUGCUUUAACAAACCUUUGUUGCGAAGACACAGUUAGAGCGGCUUUUAACCAUGAUUUUGCAGUGUUUUUUUUAGGGGAAUGUACAGCAGCUAGUACCAAAGAAAUGCAGAAAGCGUCAUUGUUGAAUUUAAAAUAUGGAUAUGCGGUAAUUUACACGGUUAAUGAGAUAGUAAAAGGAAUUGAAACAGCGGCAAUAGAAAAUAAAAUAAAGGUUCCUUUUGGCAAUGGGUUAAAAAAUAAGGAGGAGGGCGGCAAGCCAGACCAACCAAACAAUCCUCCUUCAUUUCCGCCACCUCAACCAAACCAAAAAGAAAGCCCAAUCCAGGAAAGAGUAAAACAAUUUUUAGCCGAGGGAAAUAUCCCCGACUUAAAUUCCACUCAACGAGUUGGGGUGAUAAAAGGUUUAACAAUCUUAGUAAACAAAGAAGAGGAGAAGAAUAAUCCUUUCUUCCCACUUUUCCAAGAGCAAAAAGGGAAUUGCCAUGAGUUAGUAGUUGUUGCACGAAAAACUGCUUCGGAUAGUCAAAAUGACCCGACAAUAAAUAUUGAUGGAAGAAUAUGGAAUGAGGUCGAAGAAACUUAUUUUCGAGAAAUUAUUACCUCGCCUUUGCCAAAUAAUUUGGCGGCGACUGGUGAGAUAGCGAUUAAAGACAAUAAGAUAUUAGCAGUGGGAGGUUUAAAAGGCAAAAUUACUGCCGCCUUUAACCAAGGAGUAAGAAAAUUAGUCCUCCCGCAAGACAACUCUACACCAAACGGGACUAAUUUAGAAAACUUUUUCCUGGAAAUUUAUCAACAACAAGUUCCACCCGAAAUAAGAGAGAAAAUGACCGUUCAUUGA